CUGCGUUUGUGUCGGUGAUCUUCUCUCGUCAUGUUACCACUGCGUCGUGUUCUUAUUGUUACUUUUUUUAUGGGUUUUGGUGUGACCCAAAUAACUUUACCAAAGCAACCGAUAAAAGAAGCGUUGUUCCUCCACAACACAGUGUCCAGCAACAAGACCAUAAAAGAUUGCAUUUUCCGCAACUAUUUGGACCCGGAAGCGUGUCCGGAUCCGUUCUUGAAAUAUGUCAUUUAUAACGGAGGGAAGAAGCAGACCAUCAACUAUCUGGAGAAGGACUGGGUGAAAAAGAGCAUCCGUGAUGAGAACAAAGAGGAUGUGUUUAUUGUCCACGGUUAUGCCAGUGGGGAUGAUACUUUACCCAUUGUCGUCUUGAGGGAUGCUUAUAUUAAUAACGGAAGUUAUAACGUGUGGAUGAUCGAUUGGAGCGGAUUGGCUGAGCCUCCAUGUUACAGAGCUGCAGUAACGAAUAUAUGGACGGUGGCGAAGUGUGCAGGAGAAAUGGUAAUUUCGAUGAAGUCCUUCGGCAUCAAUACAGAAAGGCUCACAUGUGUCGGGCACUCUUUAGGUGCACAUAUUUGUGGGUUAAUCUCGCGGUCGUCGUCGAACAAGUUCCGCAGAAUAGUCGCGCUGGAUCCUGCUAGACCGUUGAUAACGCCGGCCGUUAAACUGGGAACCGGAGACGCGCAGGCAGUUCACGUGAUGCACACGAAUGCGGGACACUACGGUGAACGGGACAAACAGGGUCACGUCGACUUUUGCGUCAACGGCGGCAGGAUACAACCGUUCUGCGAGAACGUACCCAUUGACACACAAUUGUGCAGCCACGUUUGGGCGAUCUGCUACAUGGCUGAAAGUCUGCAUCCUGAAAAGGCCAGAUUGGCGAACCCGUGCUCCAGAAGAUGUCCUCCGCCGCCUCGACCCCUGCACAAGGCCGGUUCUUCGAUUUACAUGGGACAGUUCACCUCACUGACCGCCAUGGGUUCGUAUUGCGUGCACGACACGUCCACAACCCCGCCGUAUUGUCCCAAAUAUCCCGGAGAUGUGGGUGACAAAAGAUGUUGUCUGGACGUGUUUGAUCUGGGCACGACCACGCCGAUCAACGAAGUCACACACGAUCCAGUUUUCGGACUGUGAAAUUAAUUAUUAACUGUACUUAUUUUAUUUAUUUAUUUAUUUAUUGAAGAAUAAACUUAUGAAAGUA